CACCCGGUCACGCGUAAGAGCCAAUCAAAUGGCUCCCGCUGCUGUGUUUUGAAUCGGAGAAAUUUAACGGUCGAGCGCUAACCCACACACAGCUCACCGUGCAUGAGAAAGUAAACCUGCGAAUGCUGAUAUAUUAUCACAAAACGGAAUCAACUAUCGCUGCAAAAUGGAUUUAGACUCCAUGAAAUAUGCGGAGCUGAGAAGCCUCGCGAAGGAGCUCGGCCUUAAAGCCAAUAUGAAGGCCGAUAAACUCCUUAAAGCGAUCAAGCGCCAUUAUCAACAAGACAAGGAGGAGGAAGAGCAGGAACAAAAGAAAGAUGUUACAGCUGUUCAGGAAGACGUAACUGCCACACAAGAAAGUACUGGGGAAAAUAAAGACUCAUCAUGCAAGGAAGACGUUUUCAGCCCCGCUGUGUUUGUGAACAAACGCCGGGGACGAGGAAACCGUACCAAGAGGAAGAUCUCUGAUACUAUACCAAUGCCUGAGAGUGACGCCAAGGUACUUAAGGGUGACACCAAAGGAGCUGCAUCUAGCACCCCUACCACGAAGAAGAGGAAAGUGUCCUCUGCCAAGGAUACUGACAGCAGUGAAACUGAGCCUCCUAAGGAGUCCCAGGACACUGACAGUGAGCAGAAGCAGCCCGACAUUAAGGAUGAAGCACCUGUGCAUGGUGAUACAGCACCAAAAGUGGCCAGAGCUGGGAGAAUCCCUCGUUACCAAGGACUCCAGCAGAAGACCAAGCCGUUGCUGAAGCCCGCCACUCCUAAUUUCAAAAAACUCCAUGAGGCCCAUUUUAACAAGAUGGAGUCAAUUGACUCCUAUGUCCAGCGGAAGACCAAGCAGAUGGAAACGUUGAGAAGUUCAGUUAAAGAACUGAAGAAGCUUUCUGACAAAACCAAACUGCAGCAAGUUGAUGGCAAAGCUCAAGUGAAGGCAAAUCAGAGUCUUGCUUCUAUGUUCAGCCCUGUCCCGGAGAGCAAGGGACCAGCUGAGGACAAACGCAGACACACUUUGCUGUCUGCAAGCAAAGCUCCUCAGAGUAAACCAGCCGGGAAGCAAGACGCUCUGUUCCUACCGUCUGUCCUUUCCACUCGCAGGAUCAAUGUUCGGUUCUCAGAAGCCCCUGGUGACAACGGGUUGAAGAAGUCGUUGAAGACGCCAGCGCGCAUGUCACUCUGUGUGGCCUCGAGCACCCCACAAAAUCAACCCCGUAAUGGAGGAAAGCCCAGAAAUGUCAAGACUUUAACUUUCUCUGCCACAAAAACUCCAGGAGCAUUCGUUUUCACCGGCAACACGAGUACUGUAACAACCCCCGGUACACAGAAGUCCAGCUUUGAUCUGAAGGCGAGUCUGUCUCGUCCCCUCACCUACAAACCUCAUACAGGUAAACUGAAGCCGUUUGGAGACACCAAAGAAAACACAGCGGCCAACAAGUCGCUGAUCUCAAACUCUCAUCAGAAGAAUUACAAACAGCACCAAGUCCAGACAAGGGGGGACAGAAGAGCAAAACACGUAGAAGACCGGAAGCAGAAGAAGGAGAGCAUGCUGGGGGCAAGAAGAGGCCUUGUCAUGAUGUAAAAAUAUCCUGGUUGUUUGUAGAUGCUUUGUACAGCCUGUUUUUCCCCAGUGUAAAUAUUUGGUCGUCUUCAGUGGACUUUCUUCAGUGGACAUUUCUAGCCUACUAUUAGGAAGGUAACAUUUUCUGCUUCUAUUCAACCUACUGUGCAGUGUUUCUUAGAUUAGACUCGUGGCGUAGACGUAACCCUUACAGCUCUAAAUGAUGCUUUGUGUUUGAAUGUGUAAAGAAUUGAUGUCCUGUUUUCAUGCAUUUUGCCAAAACUGGUAAA